UUUAGCAAUGGCGGUGCAUCAUUGGAGAAUUAUUUAACAUUUUUCUCGCUUACCAGAGAUUUUUUUCUAGUUUUAUUAACAUUUCAGUGAAGAAAGAUCUACCAUGGACCCUUCAAUAGCAAAGAAAACACAAGAUACGUUAGGGAAGGUCAUAAAGAAACCUCCUUUAACGGAAAAAUUGCUGGGCAAGCCUCCAUUCCGGUUUCUUCAUGAUAUUAUCACUGAGGUGGUGAGGAACACUGGUUUUCUCAAAGGCUUGUACACCGCUGAUGAGAUGGACUCAGCGAAAGUCAAGGAAAAAGAAGCCAAGAUUCUUUUUCUUCAAAAAGCAAUAGACGUCGUAGGUAUGAUAACUGGACAGUUGUCAGUACGUCCAUCAAAAAUUGUGGCAGGCCAUGAACCUGAAAAGACAAAUGAGUUCCUGCAAGCAAUGGGCACAGCAAUUUUACACAAGAAAAGUAGUACUGGUGCAGUGAAAAAAGUAUUAGCAGGAGAAAAACCAGGAAAAGAACCUAGUGAUAACAAAAGAAAAGAUUCUAGAACUGGUAGUGGAAGCAGGGAUAAAGAGAAAUCAAAAGAACAAGACAAGGAAAAAAGUAAAGAUCGAGACAGAAGUAGAGACAGAGAGAAAGAAGAUGACAAAGACAAACAUAAACAGGGUGACUCUUCCAGAAGGAGGGAUAGUUCAUCUAAUAAAGCAGACAGUUCAGAUAGAAAGAAAAGAGAUGAAUCAGCAAAGAGAGAAAAAGAGAAGGAAAAGCAAUCUGACAGAGGGAGAGAAAAAGAAAAAGAAAAAGAAAAGCAGCUGCAAAGAAAAGAUGAUGAUGUGGAUAGUCCUGAUGUAGCAACAGCAGCUGCAGUUGAUGGUGAAUCAGAGAAUGGAGAGGCCCCAGCAAAUCGCAUUCCAAGACCAUCCUCUGCUAAAGGUCAGAGACGCCGACCAUCAGGGGAGGGAGAGGAUCUUCAAGAUAGUGAAAGUGAUGGUGCAAAUACAGAUGAACAACCCAGACCAACUGAGCAAAUGAAUGGGGUAUUACAUGAUGAAGACCUCCCUCCUCAAGUUAUAAAAAGUCGUAGUAUGGCAAGACCAAGCAGUGCAAGGCCUGCCCCACCUAAGAUAAAAAAGCAACAAGAGGACCUUGAAGAGCAAAUAGCCAGAAUUGGGUCUGGGAAACAAGUUGCCAGUGUUAUUGUGGAUGAUGGCAAAGAACAUGAUGAUGAGGAUGAUACCUUUGUAGUUGAAGAUGCACAUGCAGUCCAAAAUGAUGUAGAUGUGGCUCCUACAGGAGAAGUAGCUGAAGAUGAUGGUGAACACGGGGGCCUUGUUAGAAAAAUUCUUGAAACAAAGAAAGAGCUUGAAGGAGGUCGAAACCAAGAAACAAGACCAAAACAGGAAAGACAAGCUCCUAUUAUAUCAGACGCUGCAAGGAAAAAAGAAAGGGAACUUGCGCAAAAGGAGAUAGAAAAACUCAGAACUAGUAUUCAGACAUUGACGAGAAGCGCAAAUCCAUUAGGAAAAAUUAUGGACUAUAUUCAGGAAGAUAUGGAUAGCAUGCAAAAGGAGUUGGAUCUAUGGAGACGGGAAAAUAAGGAGCAUGAAAUAGCGUUAAGAAGAGAGGAAAGCAUAACACAAAAUGAGAUCGCACCCUUAAAAUCACAGCUAGAUGAACUUGACACUGAAAUAACAGAAAUGGUCGAUAGGAUAAGCACAGUAAAGUGUAAUAUCUUGAGAAAUGACGAAAAAGUACAGAAAAUGCUCUCCAGUGUAUCAUUAACAUCCAGAUGAAAAGGACUGCUCUGGUGCGGUGCUUGUAAAAAUGUAAAUUAUCUCUUGUAAACGGCGGAUAGACGUUCAGUGUACAAAGGAGCUCUCGACCCGGGUAUUUAUUUUAUCGAGCAACGAAAAAUACACAACCAAGAGAUGGAUUAUAGGAGAGUGUGAGAGUGUUUGUGCUCUUAGAAAGUCUCUCAUUCAUUUAAGUGAAGAGAAAUCUCCGUUAAAAAUACACACUAAUUCGCCGGAGGGAAAUUGUGCCUUUAUCUAGUUGCGGAAAAAUCCCAUUUUACGCCUACAAUCGCCAGCAACCAGACUACAGUUGUUAAACCACAUAGCUAAAAUUUACAUCUAGAAAAGAAACCACCAGAAGAACCACUCUCGAGUACGAUUUUUGGAUUUUAUUUGGUACUUUACAACACUCCGACGCAAUAAUUACUAAAGCUUUUACACAAAUUACUGUUUAGAUAUGUUUAUCUUUUCUUUUGUUGGAAAUUUAAUAUAUAUUGAACCUUAUCACUAUUCUGUUACCCGUUCUUUUUUUAGCAUAGAAAUAAGAUUGCUUCAAAAUGUCUGUCGAAUUACGGCAACCCAGUCAAAUCGAAGACUGUCGACAUUUUUUUAGUGGAAAAUGGCGUGAUUACAGUUUGCAAAGGCAAUUCCGGUGGUGAGAACGCUAUCUUGAAAAGGGUUUAUAUUUUACCAUUUAAAAAAAGUGAAGAACAGAAGUACUGUCGCUGUUAUUUUCCUUUCAUUCGCAAUUUUGUCUUCUUUUCUCUAGAGGGGGGGGGGGGGGUGGGUAAAAGAGGAGUACCAGACAGUGAGUUUCGUGAACAGUUUUAUAUCCACCAAGGUAUUCGUGACAAAUUGAAGCAAUCUUCUUUUAAUGCUUACGGUUUGUUAUAUCAGUCUUUCGUUGUGAAGAAAGGGGAGAGUCUUUCAUUAAUAAUGAGAAAUGACAACCUAAUGAAAAUCCCUUUUGUGUGUGUUAUGUUUGUAUUUGAUCCAUUUCUGGUCGUCUUCAUUAGAGGAACGUUUUCUUCCUGUUUAAUAUAACAAGAUCAUCCUCUCGCUGCUAAAGACAUGAAAAUUUAAGACUUAACAACUCAUUUUGUACAGAGUAUAUAAAUAAUUACCAAGUAAUAAAGUACUUGUUACUUAACUCCUAAUAGCGAAGUUACCUUCUACAUUCUCUCUUCAUACCAUUGCCAUUUUAAUACCUUCUGUGAGGAGAUACUAACAUUAAGUUAAUGCUCAAUCUCCACCAUACAGGAGUAUGUAUUGAAAUUCGAUAUUUAUGGUCGUGUGAAGAAUUAAA